CAGACCUUCAGGAAUGUGGAAUAACCUUUUUCAAUAUCUUUAAAAUACAACAAGGAAAAAUGGCUGCAGUAGUAAGACGACUUAGCUCUAUAACCACAGAAACUGUAGUCCAAAGGAGGGCAUCUUGUGAUACACUUAACUUAGUGGUACCUACAUGUUACUUAGAGGUAAAACCUGAGAUUUCUGAGAAGCGUAGAGCUUCCAUAGGAGCUUUCAAUGGAAAACCUAAUACAAGAGCCUCUCUGUGUGUACCUAAUUAUGACAGUGGACAACCUCCUGUUGCUUUUCUCAGUAGAAAGAGAGCCUCAUUGGACAACAUAUUUUUGACAGAAUGGAUGACACAAAGUGGUGUCUUUAAAAAUCAGACUGAAUUGGAUAGAGCUGUUGAGAUUCCAAAGAAAAAGCCUGGUUAUGAUCGUUGCCAAAGUGAUUGUGAUCAGCAUAAGAUUCCAUCUUUAGUUUCGCCCGUCUUCGUGGCUGGUAAUGAUUCAAGUCUUUGUAUUUCUUCAGAUGUGUCAAGCAAUGCAAGUUUCUCAAGUGUUUUUAACCAUUCACCAUCACAUUUGUCACCUAAUUGUACCAAACCUCAAACUUCUCCAGGAGUUACGACAUUUCAAGCACCAUUAUGCCAAAUCAAUGAUAAUCCUUGUGAUUCUGUAGGUCAAAUAAGUUGUUGUCUCUCUCCCAGUACUUCAAGAUUUGGGCUUUCGAAGAGCCACCAGGAUCCUGUCACUGAUAACGAUUUCUUUCAUCAUCUGCCAUCAAUUUGUAGAACUCCAAAGCACCUGGGGAAAAAUUUAAGCUAUAACUGUUUGAGGCCUGGGCAUAUAAAUGAGAGUUCUCCAUCAUAUCAAGAUCACCAUCAUCAUUCUUGUAGUAGAGCAGCAUUAUGUGGAGAGGCUGAAAUAUGUUCCCCAAAGGUGAGGAAUGGGCACCGAAAACGCAGUUUUCCAUUUAUAGUCUUCCCGUCAUUAUCACCAUGCAUUGAGACGAAAACCAAAGCAGACCACUUCAGUUUUGAAAACCGUCAAGAACAAGGAAAUGACCAGUUAAUACAUACUGAAGAAAUCCAAGAAGAAUCUGUAAGAGAGCAGAAGCUGACUGUAGAUGCUGAAGUAUCGAGCAUACCAAAGAUUUACAUUGAAACAGUAUAUUCUGGUAAUGGUGACUUUCCAGAGGGUAAUGAAGAAUAUGCUCAAGUGUCAUCAAAUCUCUUCACUGAUACAGCUUGUGAAAAUCCAAGUUUGGUAUCUUGUAUGCAGUGUUGCAGACGACGAUUUUCUCUUGAAGUGCAACCCAGCAGAGUACUUAAAAAAGACAAGCUUGGUAGCUUUGUCUCUCAGCCGUUGACCCCACAGUCAUGGCAGCUGCAUGGCCAUUCCUUUCAUCAUCAUAAAAGACUCAGUGGAUCAGAACUUUAUGGUAACAGUAAUACUUUUAGCAACAAUAUACUAAAAAGGGAAGCAACUUUAGGUUACAGGAAUCUAAUUUUGAAGCCAGUAGGAAGUGUUAUCAACCGAGGUGGGUUUGGAGUCGUUAAACUUGGACAUUUUAAAGGAAAGUGUGUAGCUGUAAAAGUACUUAAAGGAAAGCGAUCAGCACAGUCGGCAGUGAAAGAAGCACUGCUUUUGAAGAUCCGGCCACAAGCUCAUAUAAAUUCUACCUAUGCUGUCGUAACAUCAUCUGCUUCAAAGGGUUUUGCUAAUAUCUUUUGGUCCAGAAUUAUUGAGAGUUCUGAGGAAGACAUUGUGCCUUUGAAGAGUGUGUCAUCACUUUUCGGUUUACCAAUCGAAGAUGCCACAUCCUUUCAUGAGAAUCAAGAUUGCAAUGGAGCCAUAGAAUGGGCUUGGGUGGUGAAUGAGCUUUGUGCACCUCACACACUUCUCACACUUAUCAAUGAUCCUAAUAUUAUUCUCACUGCUAGAGAUAAAGUAAGGUUCAUAGGAGAGAUUGCAAAUGGCUUGGCAUAUCUGCACUCUCAAGACAUUGUUCACUUGGAUGUUAAGCCUGCUAAUACACUUCUGUCACAAACUGGUCAUGUCAAGCUGGCUGACUUUGGAUGUUGCACCAAGCUUUAUGCUGAAAGAAAUGAGCAUGUGUUGGGCACGAUAAAUUAUCAAGCACCUGAGGUAUUACGAGGUAAGGAGAUUACUGACCGUUGUGAUGUUUUCUCACUGGGCAUUACAGCAUGGCAUCUUCUCACUCAAGUGAUGCCAUUCCAAGGAACUCAUCCUCAUGUCAUAAUUUACCAGGUAACAAAGCUAUUCCACCGUCCUGUCGACCAUUUUCCUGUACUCAUUAACUCCUACACACUUCUCGAACAAUUAUGAAUGGCAUUGCUGUGCGUUGUUGGGCAGAAGAUCCAAAGCAAAGACCUCUGCUUCUGUUCUGUCGUCUAACCUUGAAGCUUUGCAUCGUUCUUCAGCUACUUGAUGUUUAUUUGUUAGUGAUGAGUUUUAUUGCUGUUUAGUUAUGAAAGAGUGAAGUUGGUUCAGACUGAUCUCUUCUAAACUUUUUGUUAUUAAGAUUGUGUACAGUGUAUAGAAUAUUUGCUAGGAAAGAUCUUUCAUAAACCAGGUUACAGAAAAGAUUCCUAUGUGUGGGUACUAUUUGUAAAUCCUUUGGCAAAAUGCUGUUAUAGGCAUUUUGUAAAUUGAAUGUCAGAU